GGGCACCGGCUGCGGGCUGGGAGUGGGACGGUGCCGUGUGGAUCUGUGCUUGGGUACAGCGAGUCGUGUAAAUCUUGUGUUACUUCAGCCAAAUCACGAAGCGCUUCCUCCUUCCAUUCAGCUCUGGUUUGCCGGCUUGGGGCAUACAGCACAUCUGGGCAUCGCACAGCCCUGGGACACAGGGAGCUUUGGCAACAAAGUACUAUUUUCGGUCGCUUCAUUUCCAGGUAUCAUUUGAAAAAGGUGCAAUUGCUCUGUCCUGACCUGGGAGUGCAAAGGUAAGAGCCUUAUCAGCAGGAUACGGUGGUCCGGCCGUAAACGCACCUGGAGUGGAUGAAGCCGCUCACAUCCAGGCAGCCCGGGGCGCGGCUGCGGCGAGUGCUGGCCAAAGGUCAUCAACGUCACCGUGUGCCAUGUCCCCUGUGCCUCCCGGGCUGAGGAUUUUGGCACACGGUGCUACUGGAGGUGUGGAAAGUCCCAAUCCUUUCCUGAUUGCAUCUGCUUCCCAAAGGAACAGGUUGGCGGUUGAUAACAGGCCCUGCCUGGCAAUAACGCCGUGGCUGUGCUAUUCCCCACGCUUUAGUGCCCAACAAGCAGCCACGGCUGAAGAGCAAAGCUGGUGGGAAAAAUGCUUCUGUGCCAUGGAAACCCCCAGUCCUGCGACAGCCCGACAGGAUGCCCCUCGGUGCCCAGGGCUCGUUCCUUGGCUGCUCAUGCCCAGACACCGGCUGUGCCUCAGGCUGUGGCCAAGAGGACGGGGGUGACACCGAAAGGUGUGUUUUACUCCCCCCAUCCUCGGCUGGCACGCGUGGGCCAGCGCAGGAUGGGUGGAAGGCACAGAGGAGGGCUUUUUGGGUAGAGUCGGCCACCGUGUCUCUUCGCAGGCGGGAGAACUCCCGGGCCUGCCCCAGCCCGGCACACAGUGCCUGGGGCUCGGGUGUGAGGGGCCCCGGGCGGUCUCCGUUCCCUGCCCUGCUCCCUGCCCCUCCAGGCGGGUAGCACCACCCGCACCAAACCCCGACAGCUCCCAGGCGGCCCCGCAGGGCCGAUCUCUGACACCGCCCCGAGCUGCCGGGGAGCUGGGCGGCCGCACGGCCCAGGCAGCGCGUCGGGGACCCGCCUGCGAGCGCCAAACCCCGCGGGGCCGCCCCGGGCCCUGUCAUGGCGCCCGCCCCGCCCCGCCGAGGGCGGCCCGGGGGCGGGACCCGCUCAGGUGCGGCGGGCGGAGGCGGCCGGGCCGCGCAGUGCCCGCUGUGCCGCCGCCAUGAGCAGCGCGGAGCUGCCGCUCGGGGCCGGGCCGCGGGCGCAGCCCGCCUGGAAGCGGGAGAUCCUGGAGCGGAAGCGGGCCAAGCUGGCCGGGGCGGCCGGCGGCGAGCCGGAGCCCCCGGCGGGGGAGCGGCUGGUGGUGGCGGAGAGCCUGGGCCCGCUGCGGGAGAACCCGUUCAUGCGGCUGGAGAGCGAGCGGCGGCGGCUGCGGCAGGGGCUGCCCGGGCACGGCCCCGAGGCGGCGCGGCCGCUGCAGCAGCUGCUGGAGCUGUACAGCGCCGUGCCCGGGAUCCGCACCAUCCGCGCCGACAACAUCCUCAUCAUCGAGUCCCAGCCCGACGCCGCCGCCUGCUUCGCCGAGGGGGACGCGCUGCCCGGGCGCCGCCGGGACCCGGCCGCCGCCUCCUCCCCGCCGCGCCGCCCCGACCCGCUGCGGGAGCUGCUUUCCCGCCGGGGCGCCGCCCUCGCCGAGAUCCGCGCUGACCAGGUCGUCAUCUACGAGGCGGCCGAGCCGCCGGAGCAGCCCGAGGCGGCCGAGCCGGGCACCGUCAGCCGCCUCCUGGAGAAGUUCGGGCAGCGGCCGCGGGGCCGCCGACGCCGCGGCGGGAAGGCGCUGACCGGGCCCGGCGUCGUGCCGGCUGCUCCUCCGCAGGUGGGACCGGGCUCCCCCCGGGCCGGGCCGGCUGCCCCUCCAGCGGCGCCGGGCUCCCCCCGGGCCAGGCCGCCCCCUCCGCAGGUGGUCCCCGGCUCCCCCCGGGCCUCGGCGCCCCUCCAGAGGGUCCCCGGCUCUCCCCGCGCCCUCGCCCCAAAGGCGGGACCGGCAUCUCCCCCGGCGGUGCCGACCACCCCCCCGCCACUGCCGGCUCCCCCCCGGGCUGCCACCCCCCCAGCCGUGCCCGCCGCUCCCAAGCCCGCUGUCCUGCAGCCACCUGCCCCCCGGGCCGCCCCCCCUCAGCCUCUCCCAGCUCCUCCCCAGGCUGUCACCCCUCAGCCCACAGCUCCCCAGCUGUCCCCAGCUCGUCCCCGGGCUGUCACCCCUCAACCCACAGCCCCCCAGGUGUCCCCAGCUCCUUCCCGGGCUGUCACCCCUCAACCCACAGCCCCCCAGGUGUCCCCAGCUCCUUCCCGGGCUGUCACCCCUCAACCCACAGCCCCCCAGGUGUCCCCAGCUCCUCCCCAGGCUGUCACCCCUCAGCCCACAGCUCCCCAGGCAGCCCCGGUUCCCCCCCGGGCCUCAGCCCCCCAGGUGGUCCCAGCCGCCCCCAAGGCUGCAGCCCCCCAGGCCAACUGCUUUCUGCACAAGAUCGGCUCCAACUCCUUCACUGUUACCCCCCGGGGACUCCCCCCUGGCAGCCGUGUCCCCGAGCCCGGUGCUGUCCCCACCGGCCGCCCCGCGCCGCCCAAGGGGCCACCAGUGCCAUCCGCCAGCGCUCCCCAUGCCACAGCCAACGCCAGGAGGCCAAAGCCGGAGGAGGCCACAGCGGCCGUGUCACCCCCACCUAGUGCCAGUCUGGCCCCCAGUGCCACCAGCUCCACCCAGCCGCUCUCCGCCUCAGCCCCCCGGGCCGGGGGCUCCUUCGAAAUCCACCCGGCCCCCAAGCCUGACUUGGCCGCCAUCCCAGCCCACGACCUGCAGGCCCAGGCCCUGGCCAAGCUGCGCCUGAAUUCACGCAAUUCCUUCCUCUUCGUGCCCCGCCGGGAGGGCAGCCCGGCUCUGCCCCCUGCCCAGAGCACCAGCCCCGGGCCACCGCCACCGUCCUCGGAGGAAAAGGCACUGAAGGAGCCCCCGAGGGCUUCCGCCCCGGAGCAGGAAGAGCCUGUCGCUUCCCCACCGGCGCCUCUGGAUCCGUCGGUACCUGUGACUUACAUCGAUGACAUUGUGGUGCCAGACAACGGGGAGCUUUCUCCCGGGGCUGGCUCGGCUGCGAGGACAGGGAGCUUGGCGGAUCAGCCUGGAGGAGCCGGCCCUGACCUGGAGAUGGAGUUUUCCUCCGUGCCCACCUACAGACCGCACUCUGCCCCUCUUCAGCGGGGAGGCAGCACCUUCACUGUUGUGCCCAAAAGGAAGCCCGUUGCCUCGGGACUGCAGACUCUCACUGCUGCCAGCGGAAGGGAGGAAGAAGAGGAGGAGGAGGAGAGCAAAGGAAAAGGCAAAGCUGUGGAGAAUGCCGAUGGGCCCCAAGUGGGGGUGUCCCAUAAAAAGCGCUACCCCACGGUGAAUGAGAUCGAAGUGAUCGGGGGGUACCUGUCCCUGGAGAGGUCCUGCAUGAGCAAGACAGGCUCCCGCCGCAAGAAGAUGAAGAUCUCCUUCAAUGAGACAAGUUUGCAAACCAUGUUUGAAUACCCAUCAGAGAGCUCACUGGCAGAAGAAGAAGAGGAGGAGGAGGAGGAAGGACAUGCUUCUGAAACAGAGGAGGACAAGUCUCGCACCUUUUACAUUCCGCGCCCAAAUAGCACUUUGCAUCCCAGUACACCUAACUCGGAUUUAUCCAGCUACACCCCAAAGCACUCCGUGAAGUUCAGCACGUGGCAGGAGCAGAAGUAUGAGGAGAUACCCACCGCAGAGGGACCUCUCGCAAAGGAAGCUGAUUCCCACGGGACCCAAGUCAUGCUCACCCCCGCAGAGAAGGGCGGGCUCUCGGAUUUCAGCAGCGAGCCCGCUCUGUAUUUUUGAUCGCUCCAUCUCCCAGCCUGCAGCAGCAGCUGCUGGACAAAGCGCGUCAGUGCAGCUUCCAACGUCCCUUCAAGCGCCACGAAACGAGCUUCUGGGUCCCUCCGUCACCACCGUUUUCGCUGGAUCCUGAUGCCAAGGGUGGACUAGAUGCUAUUGGGUGACUUCAGAGAAUAUUUGCACUGGACUCUGGGACCUAAUUACUACUUUUAAGGUGUAUGAUUUAUUCUACCUGUGGCCUUGCAUAUUCCUUGUUCAAGAUCAGCUGCCGAUGAGGCAAAUAUCUUAAGAACCGAUCUGUAAUCCCAGGAUGGAUGUAGAUUCUCUCAGUGCUUACCCAAGUCUGCACAUCCAGGCACGGGGUGGGGUCUGGACGGGUUUUGUGACACUUCUCCCACCAGCGGCCCCAGUGGAGAGCGGUUCUGGAGCUGGAGCACUGGGAGCUCGGGGCAGCUCGCGGGGUUUGGCAGAUACACUGGGUGUCAGUUCGGAAAACCGUUGGAGGUUCGUGGUUUGUUCUGCGUCGAGUUUCACUGAACCAUCAUGGAAUUAAUGUGCCAGUUACGUUCUUGUGAAGGAAGCUGAAUGCACUGUGUGAGGAAUAGGAAGGGGAAUUAAUGUCUUUAGCUUUAGGUGUCAUUUUUGCACUGAUCUAUGAAGAAGUAUCCAGACUGGCUUGAGCCUCUGCAGUAUUCCCAAACAUUGGCCAUAGCUUUGAUCUGUUGAUACCACUCAGGCAUCCAGCCUCUGUAACAGCUGAUGUGCUUCAUUUUCCUCUUGUUGCUUUGCUCCAGCAUCUGACAGGGCCAGGCCCAAGAUUUAUCUGUCUUGGUUGGUGGGGAGGCUUCUUUCCAGCCCUGCCUGCUCUGCUCCUCCAGCGCAAAGCACAGGAGGGCCACUUCACUCCUUUAUUCCGCAGAACUUGAACAAGGAAUAUGUUUUGUUUUGUUUUUCUAGGAUUUUUAUAGUUCUAUUUUAAUUGUUUAAUGCAGCCAAUAUGCAAAAGAAUCCGCUAGACUCUUCCAUUUAAGUUUUCUACUACUGUAAACUCAGGGUCAAAAUUGCACUCUGGAACAGAUGGAACACUGCUGCUAAUGUGAUUUGUACUUCUGGGAUUAAAACAGAUGCAGGUGGAAUAGAUCUGGCCUCUCUGGGCUUUAUGGAAUGAGUGGCACCCCAGCGUGUGGCUCUAGCCCAAGGAACAGGCUGGUAUCUUUGAUUAAAUUGGAUACGUUUGUUGGAUUUUCUGUUGUAUAUAGAUGAAGGUCUAUUCAAGGUGAUGCAGGUCUGCGAACUGAAAACGCUUUGCACACCUUGCACUUGUUUUGUGUUUAUUGUAUUUGCAGCAGCAGGAGGGAGUUCCACUGAAAAAUACGGUCAGGACUAAACGUUAGGACAUACCUACUUGUAGCUGUUCUCUUUUGCCCUCGGUGCCUAAAUAUUUCUGGCAAAAAAAAUGAGCUACUCAGCAGUUUGGAUGUUGGCUGAAGAGGCCACAAAGGAAGAUUUUUUCCACCUCCUUGCACUUCUAAGGCUUUUCUUGUUCAAGCUCACUCGAGAUCUGCUCCUAGGAGCAGCACGGGGCUGGCAGCACAUCUGCCUGGGACACAACACAAGUGCCGUGGAAACAGUGGGGAAUCCCAUGUGUUGGGGCUUCUCCCGUUAAGGAAAUACGUCAGGACAAGAUGCCGAGACAGGUAGAACGAAGAAACACACAGGACCGCUAGUGACUGGCGGGUUUAAGGGAUGGGUAGGUCACAGCGUGUGGAGUUAAACACAGCAGCACACACAGCCGGGAGCCGAGCUCAGCGCCGAAGGUCAGGGGCUAUCUGAAGAAAAGGUUGUGCGCAGCUUUCCCAGAAGAAAAGGUCCCCGUGAGCAUCUCACACUAUGGAAAAGCUCAGGCCAGUUUACGACAGCUCUGUCUCUAGAUUUACAACUUAACUGCAGGUGGUAAAACAAAAGCUGCUUGUGGUUAAAGUCAGGGACAAAGUGCCUGGACUAGUCCUGACUUGGUUCUGCUACGGAUCAGUGAGGAAAGCUAAAGCCAGCGAUAUCCUGCAGCUCGCUCCACUGACAUGCUGCUCUGGUCCUGUGUGUGCUGCUCUCUGUGCCCACGACGUCUGCGGUGAGGAAGGGGCAGCGGAGCCGUGCAGUGAGAGUGCUGCUGCAGAGAGCACACGGUGCUGCCAUCGCUCUGCUCCUCCAGUCCGCCUGCUCUGCUGCGAUUUGUACCUCACCAACUGCUGCCUUCACGCCUCACGGCUUUGUAUUAUAAUCUAGUCCCUGUCUGUACCAGGUGAGCUCCUGCUCUCGGCAGAGCAAGGUGAAGGCUGUUUUGAGGGCAGCACCGUUAGCUGGUAAGUCACCUCCUGGGAUACGCUUCAGUAUCCCUGUGCUCAAAAUAAAGGGCUAUUUUCCUUAUAGAUGACUCCCUGAUCUCUGGUAUUUGAGGAACAACUUUAGUAGAUUUCUGACUAAUACCAAAGUGCAUCUGGAAGGAAAAUUUACUUCUGAAAAAAAAACAAAACACAACAAACCUUUAUUAAAUGUGGCAUCAUUGUACCAGAACAGCAGCUGUCCCAGACCAACAGGGCUUUUCAGGCUGAAGAAAAGGUUUAGGAAUGCUUUUGUUCACGUGCUUGUUUUUGUUUUGAAGUGCUUUGUGGCUCAGUGGCUUUACCAGCAUUCCCGAUUUCUUCCUUUAAGACAUCCAGCAGUGUCUGAGAACUCUCCAGAAUCUGGGAAAGAAAUAAAAAUAGCUUAUUUUUACAUCA